UCCUUUUUGCUUACCUUACCCUCCUAACAAAUACUAAAACAUGUAGCUUGGGUCGCUAAAAAAUAAUUCCAACUUGAAUGUUCCAGUCUAGCCGAUUCCUUUCCAAACGUAGUGCGUGUUACAUUUACGUUUCUCGAAAUAAAAUAUUUUAAUUGAUUUUUUAAAUAUCAUAGCAGUUCGAUAGUUCGUUUUAUCUAUGUGAAACGGUCAUCUCCACAAUGAGGGUUAGUGAGGGUGGAGUUUGAAACAAUGUUAAACUUGAGAUUGAAUCCCUCUUUUAUAUGUGUCUUCAGGUUGUGCCAUACCGCUCCACGACUUGCAGGUCUGAAUUUAUACUACUAUUUCUACUGGCCACCGCUCUUGUCCUGAUUGUUCAUCAAUACUCUCGUGCAGUGUUUGAGCAGAAGGAGUUACAUCAGCAUACGCGCAAUCAAGUGCUUUCAGGCGUAAAUGUGAACGCUCCGGGCCAUAUGGGUGAACCGGUAAUAAUUCCUCAAAAUCAAGGCCAAAUACUGGAGCGAGUAAAGGAACAGAUAGCAAACGGUUGGCAACGGCAGGGUUACAAUCAAUUCGUUUCUGAUCUGAUAUCCGUUCGACGAGAGCUUCCGGAUGUGCGCGAUCCUUGGUGUCGGCGGAAAACAUAUCAUGCAUUAGAGUUACCACCGGUUUCCGUUGUGAUUGUGUUUCACGAUGAAGCUCUCUCGGUAUUACUACGAACGGUACACUCGGUGUUAAACCGUACCCCUCCGGAGCUUAUCCGGGAGAUCCUGCUGAUCGAUGAUUGGUCGAGCUUGGUACAGCUCAAAACAUUCCUGGACGAUUACUUCCUGCCCUACAAUGAUAAGGUACGAGUUCUGCGAACACCGCGGAGACUCGGUUUGAUUAAAGCGAGAAUUUUUGGUGCCAAGCGUACCUCCGCCGAACACUUGCUAUUUCUCGAUGCACACUGUGAGUGUCUGACUGGGUGGUUGGAACCUUUGCUAGAACUGGUAGUCAAUCGGGAUGAAAGUGGGAGACAUGUAGUCGUAGUACCCACAAUUGAUUGGCUUAAUGAGACGACUCUCGCUCUUCAGAUUGGACCUUCCAGCGGACUUUACGGAACAUUUGAUUGGAAUCUCAGCUUUCAAUGGCGUCCACGGUAUGAUCGCUACCGGCAAGAGCAGCAGAACCCGCUGGAACCUUUCGACAGUCCGGUCAUGGCUGGUGGAAUAUUUUGUAUUGAGAAGGAAUUUUUCGCCCAGCUAGGAUGGUACGAUCCGGGAAUGCAGGUUUAUGGCGGUGAAAACAUGGAGCUAUCGUUCAAAGUCUGGAUGUGUGGUGGAACAAUUAAAGAAGUGCCCUGUUCCCAUGUUGCUCACAUCCAGAAACGAAACCAUCCUUACAUUGGGAGCUACACGAAAGAGCGUGAACUAACGAUGAAAAACAGUCUGCGCGUGGCCUUAGUUUGGAUGGAUGAGUAUGCAGAGUUCCUGUACCGAUUGCAUCCUGAUUAUCGGACCCUCUUGACUACCCACAAACCUAAAGAUCUUGAUGAACGACGACUUCUUCGGAAUCGGUUAGCGUGUCGAUCGUUUCGUUGGUAUAUGCAGCAUGUCUUUCCCGAGCAGGACGAUCCAUCUGAAGCACAAGCGAUGGGUUGGAUACGGAACGAAAACCAUUCCGAUAGCCUCUGCAUUACCUGGCCGAUGAGAGAUCGUUCCCUAGCGUUGCUUCAUUGUCAUGGUUUGGGAGGACAACAGAUCUGGUUCCAUCAAACUGCGGGUGAGAUAACUCGCGAAGGACAUUGUCUUGGUGUGGUCAACGGUGGAUCACAAGGAUACCAAGUGUUGAUAACGCUCUGCACUUCCCAGGGUAACUCCGAUGCAUAUAAAUGGCUUUAUCGACGUCAAACAGGCCAGCUAGUUAACAUUGCCAGUGAACUAUGCUUGAUACCGGCAGGAAACCGUUUUCGUUUAACCGUCGAGCAAUGUGAUCCCGUGGAAGUGAGUUUCAGUUCCGGCACACUUGCUUCCCAUCAAAGAUGGACCUUUCAGAUCGAUAAAAUAUGAUCUUUUUUUUACUGAGGAUCAAUAAAAUUUGAUUAAAUUAAAAUAGAAAGAAAUACCUUUUCGGAACAGAACUGGACAGCAACAUAAGCUGUAUGGAAUGUAUGGAAAACCGGAUGGUGCAUGGUGAAAGGAGAAAACCAUUUCUCCGGCGUUCACCAGACGCCAGCGCGUGCAACGAUUGCUAAUUUUGUCGACCACGGUACGCUAAAACCACCGAGAAGGCGCCAUUAUCAACGUGCACCGGAUGACGGUUAGGGUAAAAUACGGUGAAAGAAAAUAAAAAUAAAACGAUCACAGACGAAAGGAGCGCUCGCGAAAAGAUCAAUGACAGCGAUCAUGGCCGUACUCACUACUCUCACUCUUUCUUCUUCACCAUGGUUACGGCAACGGUAAUGAUCUUUUUUUUUACAAGCGCCUUUUGCGCGGACGGAAAGGAAAGUACGCAAAGUGCUAAGGUGCUAUAUAUAGGCCACGUACGAGCCAGCAUUGUAAGGGUUAUACGGACUGGGAAUGCUUUGGCGAUUAGUUUACUACAGCGUUAGGAUUGCACUGAGUCGAUUGAUAAAGUGUGAUGCAACGAUACGAGGCGCUAUUCAGCACCACAAUCUCAAUUUUGCAGAGGAGAUGUAAUUUUAGUUUAGGAAUGGAUUGAUGCGUAAUGUUCGUAACGAUUGGCCCCAGUAUUAGGCUUUGAUCAAUCAUAAAUUCUUGUGGUAAUACAGAACAACAAACAUCUCUAAACGAUUAUUUUCCAUUAGUUACUCCGAUCAAGUAGAUAUUGCAACUUGUGGGUCCGAAUUAAUUGCUUUUCUUUUACUUUUAAAAAAUUAAAGAAAAAAUGCUUUUAAAAAAUUCCUAUGAAGAUCAUGGUAAAGAUAUUUAUCUUUGUACUUAACUUAUAUGUUAUCGAUGAUUCUGCCAAAGAGCAGUGCCGAUAAUAAACGACCGAAUUUUAGGUUUAAAUCUCGAUGGAGCCCCAUACUCUUCUCCAUUUGCUGGGAUUGUGCGAGACUUUUCGAUUACUGAUAAGCUAGCCCAUUAGACAGCAGGCAUAUUAUGGCACACAAAAAUUCAUAUUCAAUCAAUCAGAAAGAAAGGUUUUUAUCGAUUAAAUGAACCUCAGACUUUGAGGAACCUAUUUAUUUUAUGUAGUGUAAUAUUGAUAGAAUUGUUGCUUUAAAAUCUUUUUAAGUACAUUAAAUUAACUAUGAUUGUAACAUGCAAGUACUUUUGGCCAUAUUCGAAUAAACGAAGAGCAAUUAUUUCGCAUUGCAAUAACCGCAUUUGUGAAGAGAAACGUGUACGUUUAACACUUAAGUGUUAGGAAACCAGCAGCUGGCAACCCAUGUUGUCCGACAUUUCAAAGCAUUCCAGAGUAGAAAUAGAGAAAAUCAUCUAAAAUGAAUAGACAGAUGUUUGGCCAUGCAUUCGCUUUCCUACCUGCUGCUUGUAAUAUUGUUUUUCUUUUGUUUGGUUCUUUUGCCCACAAAGCUGCAGGUGUGCCGAUUGCUUCCGUAAAUUGUUUUUGGAAUUCAAACCGAUUGAUACGCUGUUAUCGAAGUGUUUUGUGUUGUUUAAAUGUAACAUUAGUUUAGAUUUA